CUUCUCGUAACUCCAUAUUUUCUUCUUAUUUCACUUUUAGUGCCUCCUAAUGGUCUGGUCAUCUACUGUGGCACCAUUGUCACAGAAGAGGGCAAAGAGAAGAAGGUUAAUAUCGAUUUUGAACCCUUCAAACCGAUUAAUACAUCGCUUUAUUUAUGCGAUAAUAAGUUCCACACUGAAGCGUUGACCGCUUUAUUGGCCGAUGAUAAUAAAUUCGGUUUCAUAGUGAUGGAUGGUAAUGGCGCUCUCUUUGGUACACUACAAGGUAAUACACGUGAAGUAUUGCACAAAUUUACUGUCGAUCUGCCGAAGAAGCACGGGCGUGGUGGUCAGUCAGCGUUGCGUUUUGCACGUCUGCGUAUGGAGAAGCGUCACAAUUAUGUACGUAAAGUGACCGAAGUUGCUACGCAAUUAUUCAUUACGAGUGAUAAACCGAAUAUUGCGGGCUUAAUUUUAGCUGGUAGUGCGGACUUCAAGACCGAGUUGAGUCAAUCUGAUAUGUUCGAUCCUAGACUGCAAUCCAAGGUUAUUAAGCUGGUGGAUGUAUCGUAUGGCGGUGAAAAUGGUUUUAAUCAAGCGAUAGAACUGGCGGCUGAGUCAUUGCAGAAUGUUAAAUUCAUACAAGAGAAGAAACUCAUUGGACGUUACUUUGAUGAAAUUUCUCAGGACACUGGAAAAUAUUGCUUUGGUGUAGAGGAUACCUUGCGCGCCUUGGAAUUGGGUUCCGUUGAGACUUUAAUAUGUUGGGAAAAUUUAGAUAUACAGCGUUAUGUAUUGAAGAAUCAUGCGAACUCCACGUCGAACACAGUAUUGCAUUUGACGCCCGAACAAGAGAAGGAUAAGUCACACUUCACCGAUAAGGAAAGUGGCGUUGAAAUGGAAUUAAUCGAGUCUCAGCCGUUGCUAGAAUGGCUGGCGAACAAUUACAAAAUGUUCGGUGCUACACUUGAGAUUAUUACGGAUAAAUCUCAGGAAGGCAGUCAGUUUGUGCGAGGUUUCGGUGGCAUUGGUGGAAUUCUGCGUUAUAAAGUCGAUUUUCAAUCACUGCAGGCUGAUGAACCUUUGGAAGAUGUUGACCUUGACGACUAUUAAACGACAAAAUACGAGUCAUCUACAUUUCUCAUCUCAAUCUAUCUCUCACGUUGCUACUAUAUAUAUAUAUAUAUAUAUAUAUCUAUAUAUAAAUUUUCAAAUAUAUAUAAAUUCUUUCGCGUCACACACGGCAACCCAGCAAGGAAAAUAGUAUUGUAGUGAUCAUAGGAGAUUUUUUCGUGACUUCACAUCUACAUACUUAUUUUAAUUCACUACUAGAAUUUAAAUGCUGAAAAUUAAUUCAGUCAAUAAAUUACAGAAUUUUGAGUUGAACAAAACAACGCGUGCAUGCACAUUAAUAAUGUAAAUUUAUUUGACGGCAAUACUUUGUUUGAACAUUCUUUUACUAAAAACCUUUUAAAGUCAUAAUAAGCAAAUCAAAGACGUAUUAAAUU